AUGACCAACUCAAUUCCACUACCAGCUGUGCACAACUACGCUAACUCGAAUGAGGCCCAAGGAGCCUACAUUCUGACGAAACGAUACCUCUCUCAGAUUAAAGACUAUGCCAAGACCACAGCCGCCGAGUUGCAAGUAUAUACCGAUAAUGCACUACUAGCUAAGUCCUUGGCUUCGCCAAUUAAAAUAAACCCGGAUACCGAAACCAUGUUCUACGCACGCAAGAUGAAGAUACUACUUCAGACGAUGAAACUGAGUAAACUUUCCUUCCAUUAUGUUCAAGGGAAACUUAACCCUGCCGAUUUACCGUCAAGACGAACCAACAAAACUCAAGACAGACCGAAAACAAACGCACAAAUUAACGCAAAAAUUUCCGCACACAUCUGGACACCACUACACUACUAUCGCACACAAAAACACAACCGCACACCAACUCGACCACAACCACAAAAUCCAGAUCGCACACAACCAGAUCUAAGAUCUAGAUCUGAUCUAGAUCUAACGGAAAUACCAGACAAUACCAGAAAAAGACCGAUUAUAUCGGAGACGACCGCCACUACUGAACCUACACAGAUCUCUGAGACUGAUCAAAAGAGACGCCGUCUCCCCACUUAA